AUGACAGCUGCACACGCCAAGCAUAUAUACGAGACCAAAGGACUGGACCUGACAUCGGCGAUACAGUUCGGUCUUAAGGAUCUGCUGAAUGAUCUGCCGUUCCUAGAGGACUACCUCAGCUGGCUGACCAAACUCAUCAACAAGACACUCGUACCGAGAACUGGCCCAUUGAGCAUUGACGAAGCGAAUCUCGUACUGGUACAAUGGUCCUUCCUUUUCUCGGCGAUUAUAAGAGAUCUGACACUGCGGUCUGCAUCGAGUUUCGGACACUUCCACUUGGUGCGGUUACUGAUGGAUGAGUAUGUGGCCUACUCCAUAGAUACGUACAAACGCACACAACAAAGUAUAGAGAUAGCAAACAAGGUCUGGGGUAUGCAGUAGGAUACAACCUUCCUUCGACAACUAUCUUAGAAGGUGCAGAGGGAUGCAUGACUUGUACUAUAGGCACACACAAACACACACAACAAAGUAUAGAUACGACAAACAAGGUGUGGGGUAUGCAGUAGGAUAUAACCUUCAUUCGACAAUUCACUUAGAAGGUGUAGAGGGAAGCAUGACUUGUAUCAUAGGCACACACAAACGCACACAACAAAGUAUAGAGAAGCCAAACAAGGUUUGGGGUAUGCAGUAGGAUACAACCUUCCUUCGAGAACUAUCUUAGAAGGUGCAAAGGGAUGUAAGACUUGUAAUUUAGGCACACACAAACGCACACAAAGUAUAGCUAUGACAAACACGGUCUGGGGUAUGCAUAAAGAUACAACCUUCCUUCGACAACUAUCUUAGAAAACGCACACAACAAAGUAUAGAAAUGACAAACAAGGUCUGUAAUUGCUUCUCUUGUCCACGACCAGUGCCGAGUGACAGGAUCCAAGGAAUGUUAUACUCUUCAGCUCACAGAUGGCAUUUGUAUGCAUAAGGAGAUGAGUGCAGACUGACAAAAUCAUUGAUAGCAUUUUCAUGGGCAAAGAGAAGAAUGUUUGAUGAACCAAUGAUCCAAGACUACGCAUAAGCUUGAAACGCCAAUCGUCGUACUCAUAAAGAUGUCGGAAAUAACAGAUGGUACCAACACCAGCAUCAUAUCCUACCCGUCUACUUGGUCCCCAUGGAAACCCUUUCUAUCCUACCCGUCUACUUGGUUCCCAUGGAAACUCUUUCGCUGCUGGUUAUAACUACACACGCCGAAAGGAGAAAUGUAGUAAAUGCCGGUGAUAGCAUACAUUAUAAACCAGGAGCCGAUAUGAGCGUCCGAAAUAGUAGCUACAGAUGUAUAGCAUACGCCCAAUAUAAAGCUUAAGGGUGACGAGAAC